GAUGCUGGUCCCGGGGAUGAAGGGGGAGACGCGUUGACUGAGCACGAGGGACAGGAUCGUUAACACAUGCCAGAGUGACUCCAGGCGAACGAGGGAGCUUCUGGGGCCAAAGGCCGCCCGGAUGAGCGGGGAGCGGCUCAGUGGCGCGCCAGGAGAGAUGCAUCGUGAUUCGUGUCCGCUGGACUGCAAGGUUUAUGUAGGUAACCUUGGGAACAAUAGCAACAAAACUGAAUUGGAACGAGCAUUUGGAUACUAUGGACCACUACGUAGUGUGUGGGUUGCUAGGAAUCCCCCUGGUUUUGCUUUCGUUGAAUUUGAAGACCCACGUGAUGCUGCUGAUGCAGUCAGAGAACUAGAUGGGAGAACACUGUGCGGGUGUCGUGUCAGGGUGGAACUAUCCAGUGGUGAAAAACGUAGCCGGAACCGUGGUCCACCUCCCUCAUGGGGUAGACGUCCUCGAGAUGACUAUCGCAGGAGAAGUCCUCCGCCUCGCCGCAGAUCUCCUCGAAGGAGAAGCUUCUCCCGCAGCCGCAGCAGGUCCCUUUCCAGAGAUAGAAGGCGAGAGAGAUCACUGUCAAGGGAGAGAAAUCAUAAGCCCUCUCGUUCAUUUUCCAGAUCUCGUAGCCGCUCCAGGUCAAAUGACAGGAAAUAGAACUUCAGGAAGAGCAAUGUACAGGAAGUUCACCUAGCACAAAGUCUGAUGUCUGUUUGACGUUGGAUGAAGACCCUUUAAUUUCCCAAGAUUUUUAAAUCUUUCUUGACCUAUUUGUUUUAAACUCCAUUUUAACAUAGAACAUGUUGCUUCUUUAUUUUUAUUGCAUUAAUUUGCUGUAUUCUACUGUUUUGUUAAAAUGGCUUACAAAAAAAUUAUACAACCAUUCUUCCAGAUUGAAGAGUGGGAUAUUAAAUAUUUCAAGCAAAAUAAAUAUAUCUAAACUGGAACAA